AUGAAUUCUAUCUCUAAGUUCAUCCGCUCACUAGGACGACGCCAGACUAAGGGGAAACCAGAGAAGCAGCAGGAGCCGGAAAAAAUGUCAUCACCAACAAAUCAAGCCGCAUGGCUGCAGAAAGCUGGAGCCCCGCUCGAGGUCGGCGAUGCCCCACUACCAAAAGCUGCCAAGGGAGAAAUCGUGGUGAAGAAUGCAGCCGUCGCCAUGAACGCCCUCGACAAUCACAUGCAGGAUAAAGGCGUCUUUGUGAAAGAGUGGCCUACUGUCUUUGGCUGCGAUGUGGCCGGUGAAGUGUAUGAAGUCGGUGUAGGUGUAGAUCGCUUCAAGAAAGGGGAUCGCGUGAUUGGCCACAGCAUUAACCUUGUCACCGGUCGCCCUUCUGAUGGUGGUAAUGCUCUAUACACGGCCGUACCCGCCAAGAAAGCAUCUAUCCUUCCCGCCUCAAUCUCCUUCACCGACGGUGUAGUCGUGCCCUUCAUGGUCGAAGCAGCCGCCUGCGCCUUAUCCGUCAAAGAGCCUGGUCCAUGUAUGCCAGGCGUCUUGACCCCCGCCCUCGGACUCCCCUAUCCUACCCUACAGACCCCAGCACCAUCUACCGGUAAAACUAUCAUCGUAUACGGCGCCUCCUCCGGCGUCGGCUCGAUGACGACUCAACUUGCUACCGCGGCCGGGAUCAACGUCAUCGCCAUCGCUGGAGCCCACAACCACGAUCUGGUCAAGCAAUGUGGAGCCUCUCAAGUCUUCGACCACAAAGACCCCGCAUUCCUCGAAAAGGUCACCGACGCCGUGUUGACGAGCAAAUCCGAGUUCGUCGGCAUCUUCGACGCUAUCUCCACCCCUGCGACUUACCCCAACGAUCUUGUGAUUUUGCAAAAAUUGGGCGGUGGACAUCUCGCCUGUUCACACCCGCCACCUGCUGAUGCACCCGAGAACGUCAAGUCUGGUAUGAUCUUCGCAGUCAACGAUGUUGCGACGCCUCUCUAUCAGGAUUACGUGACACCUGCGCUGGAGAGCGGAAAGCUGAAGUGUCUACCACCUCCUACAAUUGUUGGCAAGGGCCUAGGUUCUAUCGAUGAGGCACUGAAGAGGUGCAAAGCUGGUGUGAGUGGGACGAAAUUGGUGGUGGAAUUGUAA